AUGUCUUUUUUAAUCGAGAAUGAUGAGUUUGGGGAUCAGCCAAAUGUAGAGUUUAAGAAUAUACCCAUUCAUGUGACUGGAAAGAUGGGUGUAAAUGACUUGAGAUUUCCUGAAAUGCAACUAGACAGCCAGUUCGAUCAAGAUUACCAAAAUAUAAUUCAUAAGAAGCCAGUUACUUUGACAAACAAGUCUAAAUAAAUUAAAAUAUGGACCAAGUUCAGUUUUUAAUCAUUUGAUUAAGUCAAGCCAAUUUAAAGCCAAGGAAAUCUCAUCAUCUGUGCUAAAAAAACAUAAUAUGAGUACUAAUAUCCCUUUCAAGUUUCAGCCAGAUUCCAAGACCAGCUUGGCUCCAACUGUUGCAAGAUUUAAAGCAAGAAAUCAGAGUAUUCAUAGUAAAAAUUUCGACUUGAUCCAGAACGUUUAUAAAACCGGACUGCAUCAGUUAGAACAAGAAAUAGACAAUAAGACCAAGAUUGGGUUAAGCGAAUCUAUCAGUCCGAGUAGGAUUUUGAAAAGGUACAAAAAUUCAAAAAUCUCUUUGAAAAAGAAGAAAUUAUCCUUGCAGGGAGGAGACAUUUCAAUUGAUUAUGGAAUUGGACCUAUCACCAGAAGAGCAGCCCCCCAUAACUCAAGAAGGACAAAAGCAGAUAGCAAAAUGUCUAUCACUGGCACUCUUGACUCUUCCAAGAAUCUGAAUUCAAAAUCUUUCACUCUGAGGACAAACACAAAGAGUGUUUUGGAAGAUAAUAAAGCCAAGUUAACCAAGAUGAUGGAGUUUAAAGAUAAUGCCUUCCUCAGGAAAUCCGUCCGUAAAGCAGCCAAAUCAAGCAUUAAGUACAAGCUCAGCUCAAAGAGUCCUUAUCAUAGGAAUAACUUACGGGAUCUUAAUCCGAGUUUGAAGUCAUUUUCAGACAGGAACUCUUCGAAAUCAAACGAGAGACCUAGCCCAAAGUAUUUAAACCAGAUUUUGCAGAGGAAUUAUCUGAAAGAAAUGGAGAAGAAGGUUCAUGAGCACGGUGAAAGACUAAAGAAAAUUCCCAAAACUUGCAAAAAAUUCUAUUGGAUGCCUGACCUCAGUAUUGCUGGUUUUGCCACUCAAUCUGAGAUUAAGAAAAAUUUCGGAAUUUGGAAUUCAAAGAAUGGGAUAAAACUUGAGAAGGAAAGAGUCAUCGACUGGAAAAAUCCUCAGAAUAUCAACAAGCCUCAUCGUGAGGACCAGGAUUACCAAAUUUGGAAGAAUUAA